AUGGACAGCCUGUUGGCCGACGUGCGGCUGAGCGUGGUCCGGCUCGCCGAGAGCGUGCUGACGCGGUGCGCCGGCACGCUGCCCAACUGCGCCUCGCCGCUGCUGCAGCUGCUCAUCCUCGUGUCGUGCGACAGCGUGCCGGCGGUGCGCCAGGCGGCCGAGGCGGCGCUGCGCCAGGUGCAGGCGCGCGCCAUGUCCAAGUCGCUGGUCGAGGCGGUCGAGGAGGACUUCUACGCCCUGACGGCGCGGCUGCCGGCGGUCAUGCGCAGCCACAACGUGCCGGCCUCGCUGGUGCAGCUGUCGCUACUCGAGGGCUACCUGCACCUGCUGGGGCCGCGCGUGCGCCAGCUGACUGCGUCGGCGGCGCACGUGCGCCUGCUGCUCAGCUGCCUGACACAGCUGGUGGAGCUGCGCACCGACGCGGCGCUCGUUCCGUACGUGACGAGCUGCGGCCCGACCGGCGCGCCGCACCGCAUGCCCGACUUCAAGCGCUUCCGGCACUUCGACGAGCCGGAGGUGUGGCAGCGCGUCUGCUCGGCGUGCCGGCUGCUCGGCUGCCACGGCGACCUGCUGACGCUGCUCGAGCUGCUGGAGACGGACGGCUCAGCCGACGAGGACCGCGUCGUCUGGAACCAGCUGCUGCUGGGCCAGGAGCCGGCCCUGCUGGCGACGCGCGGCGUCGCGCCGCAGCACGACCUGCUGCAGCAGCUGGACCUAGAGCCGCUGCUGCUACUCAUCGAGCCCACCCAGCCGGCUGAGCUGGCGCGUGUGGACGCCGAGGAGCCGCCCGAGGACGCCGCCGAGGGGUUCCGGCGACACCGGGCGGCCGCGGAGGACGCCGAGCCUGAGACGACCGCGCAAGAGCCGGCGGAGGAGGUCAAGCCCCAAGUGCCGCUGCACGUGCGGCUGGUGCGUGACGUGGUGCAGCAGAGCGUGCACUUCCUAGACUGUGAUGUGAUCACCGUUCAGGUGGACGUGCUGGCCACGCUAGCGGCCGGCAGCCGGCUCUUGGCUGCCUGGCAGGACGAGCUGCUGCCGCUGGCGGUGCUGCGCACGUCGAGGGACAACGAGACGCUCAGUCUGCACGCCAACGCGCGUAUUGUGUGGCAGGCCGUGGAUGGUGCUGAUGCCGACGUUGAAUGCCUUUAG